CUCUCCCUCAGCAGCGCCCCCUCUGGGCGUUCCCCUCCCCGCCGUGCGCCAGCCACCAGAAGAUGAAUGCAAGCCCCCAGGAAGCUUUGAUCUCCGUGUUUCUGCAGUUCAUUGAGGAUCGGGGCCGGUGGACCUACGGGGCCCUGAGCCAAACGCGCCGCCCCCGGGAGCUCCUGCAGAACGAAAUGAACCUUUUGUACCGCAAGAGCAAGGUGGAGUGGAAACAGAGCAGGGACGACGAGCCCAAGAAAGGUUCGGCCAAGGAGUCCAGCGUGGGGAAGGUGCGGGACGUGGCCUCCUUCCGACGCCAUUUCAGGAUGGGGUUCAUGACCAUGCCGGCCUCCCAGGAACAUGCCCCACACCCCUGUGCCAGCAGCAUGGCGCCUCGCUCCCUUUCCUGCCACUCCGUGGGCAGCGUGGACCACAGUUCGGGGGACGGAGCCGCCGGGUCUCGCCAGCCUCCCGCUAAGCCCAAGCGCCACCCCAGUACCAAGCUCAGCACCGAGGCCAGGACCAUCCUGGAGCAAGGAGAGAGCAAGAAAGGAAGUUCCCAAAAGGCAAGCGCAGAGAGCCGAGAUUCGGGCCGCAAGGUGCCUCCGCAGAAGCCGAAACGAAGCCCCAACACCCACUUGUCCGUCUCGUUCGACGAGACGUAUUCGGGGCGGCUCCCAGGCCCCACUCCGGGCGGAGCGAUGCAGCGCUACGGCCGCGCCUUCUCCCACAGCCAGACGAAGGGCUCCGACGCGGAGGAGGACGAGCCCGUCUACAUUGAGAUGGUGGGGGACAUUUUCCGUGGACCGGGGCCCCCGCCUCACUUGCCCACCGCAGCGGACGAGGACUCUGACGAGAGCGAAGCCAUUUAUGAAGAGAUGAAAUAUCCGCUCCCGGAAGAAGGUGGGGAGUCCCGUCCCAACGGGGCCCCAGCCUCCCCACGUCACCGGCCAGCCAAGCGGGAGGCCGCGAAGGCGGUGGCGAGUGCCAAGACCUCUCCGUGCGAGAUCCCACCACCCUUCCCCAACCUUUUGCAGCACCGGCCCCCGUUGCUGGCCUUCCCCCAGGGCAAGAAAGGCUACAAGGGCACCGGCCAGGAUGGCUCCAAGCUGCCUGUUCCGUGCCACGUGAAAGACGCCCCGUCCGCCCCUAUGACGCCGCAGGUCCCCAGUCACCAUCACCCGCGGGGCAGCGAGAGCAGCGCCUUGGGUCCUUCUGGCCGGGCUCGCAGCCACUCCACGCCGCUGCCUCCGCAGCCCGCCGGCCAGAGCAAAGCAGAAAAAGACAUCCCCAAUUCCCACAGCAUGACCUGUCCGCCGGCCAAGCAGGCCCCUGCGCCAGCAGCAGCAGCAGCACCGCUGCCCCCAGCCUCCGCCUCCGUCCCGUCCAUGUUGCCGGUGAAAGAGAAGCCGGCCGUGUCCUACACCAUGGUGUACUCGGCAGUCAAGGUCACGACCCACAGCGCCCCGGCCGAACAGAAGACCGAGAAAGAGAUUUCGGUACUGCACGGCAUGCUGUGUGCCCGCCCAUCGACCGUGCCCUCUUGUAAACAGGUGCAGAGGGCGUGCACGCUGCCUGAGCCACCGCCUCUGGGCAUGGUCUGGACUUACCCAGCGCCCUGCGCAGGGAUGAAGCGCCCGCCGGCAUACGAGAGCAUCAAGAGCGUGGGCGCCAAAGCUUCGUCAGCCGUGAAGAUCCAGCUUCAGGACAGGGCAUUCGCCAGCAUCGCCUGCUCCCACCUUCUGUCUGGAGACGAAUGCAGCCGACCCGCGGGGGAGGAGGAGCCAUUUGGAUGGGUGCUACAGAGGCGGAUGGGCUACACGAGCCGGAAAGGGAAAGACGCCGAGAAGGCCACAGAUUGCCCCCAGGCAUGGGACAGCAGUGACAGUGCUCAGCCCAAAAUGGAAAAGGAAGAGAAAGCUUCGCCAGGCUUGCUGCAGUCAGGGAUCCCGGUCCGCACCCCAGGGCCUGAGGGUCUUGCUGCCAAGAUGCCAGGGGGAAGGACGAACCUGCCCAUUCCCUGCCAGACCUUUCCUGCCUGUCACCGUAACGGAGAUUUCACUGGUGGCUACCUUCUGGGCCGCUCGGCAUCCACCUCUGGCGUUCGACAUGCUGUGAUUCACACCCAGAGGCCAUGUAGCCAUCCCCGGGACCCAGCCAGCCUGGCCUUGCAGCACGCACAGCUGCCAGCACCCGGGGUCCCGCAGAGCUCGCGUGAAAGGGAUGGCAAGCUGCUGGAGGUCAUUGAGCGCAAGCGGUGCGUAUGUAAGGAGAUCAAAGCGCGGCACCGCCCCGAACGCAGCCUGUGCAAGCAGGAGAGUAUGCCCAUCCUGCCGAGCUGGCGGAGGAACACGGAGAACCGCAAGUCCGGGACGCCGCCCUGCCGCCGCCAGCAGACAGUGCUCUGGGACACGGCCAUAUGA